AUGAUUAAAUCGUUGGGUAUAUCUGAAGAUACAGCAGGAAUAGUUGAUGAUUUUACUACAGCUUCAUUAUCUGCUAAAUUAGCAAAAUCUAAUGUGUUGGUUAUUACAGAUGAAGCUGAAAAAUCAUUAUUAGAAAUGGGAUUUUAUUCUCCAUUAUCAGAAGUCAGUUCUAGUGGUCGAAUUUCCGGUUGUAAAUUCUAUGGGAACAUUCCAACAAGUAAAGACACAAUGACAUAUCAUUUGGAAAUUGCUUCUCAUCUAUCAUUUGUUGGAGCUACUACUGGUCGUCUUUGGCAUCGUUUAAUCAAUUAUUAUGCACAAGGACAUCAAAGUGAUGGCUUUUCUGAACGAUUCUUACAUUAUGCAUUGCCGAAGAAAGGCGAAGCAACAAUUAAUGUAUCACAACCAAUCGAGUACGACGAGUCAGAUGAAGAGAUCAAUGAAGAUGAAGAGAAUAUCAGUGACAGCGAAUAUGAAACAGAAAGAUCAAGUCAAAUCCGUCAAAAUUUACCCAGUAUUACGCAACUUUUGAUUGUAGCAAGAUUAAUUGGAAAACGUGAAUUCAUAUUAUCUCGAAAUCGCACAAAAAAAUUUCUCAAUAAAGUUCGACAAUACCAAGAAUUGUCACAGGUGAACAAAUCAAAGGAUGUGAAUUAUGGUUCACGAAUUGGUAAAGCUGCUGAAAUUUUAUGUAAAUUAGCAGGAAUUACUGAAAUUAUAAGAAUAUCCAUCGACGUUCUACAGUAA